CCCGCUCCACGUGGGGGGGAGAGCUUCCUCUUUUGGGGUGAUCCCAGAAGCUUGUCCCGGCUGACGGUGACUGUCACACAAGUGUCCAUCAGCAUGGAUGCUGGGCAGGGCAGCCCAGAGAGCCCUAACCGGGCAGUGGAGUACCUACUGGAGCUUAACAACAUCAUCGAGAGCCAACAGAAGCUUCUGGAAACUCAACGGCGGCGCAUUGAGGAGCUUGAAGUGCAGCUGGACCGGCUCAGCCAGGAGAACAAAGAUCUGAGGUUGGACCGUAAGCCCUGCCCGCCCCCACCUCCACCUCCCAUCCACCCGGUCCAGCCACCCACUUCCAACGCUGCAACCUCCACCAACAUAUACGCCAAUCUGAGCCACAACAGCAGGCCCAUCCCGAUACCCAUCCCGGCCCCGGCUCCCCCACCCCCACCUCCACCCGUGCCACCACGGGACCGGCGCGUCAAUGCCAACACGCACACAAGGCUCGGCCAAAGCCUGUCAGCUGGAGCCAAUGCCACGGAGCGAGAGAGGGACCGAGACAGGGAACGAGAAAAAGACGGUGUCGGUACCAGUUUGGGAAGCUCUCUGCAGAGACAGCCAAAAGGAGACCCUUCCAACAAAGACAGGUCUGUGUUCACUCUUUCAUUCAAUCUCCAUUUCUUCUCCUGUUCCUCUUCCACCUCCACAGUGCACACUUUGACUCCUGUAGUAGCUCACGCUCCAUCGAAUGACAGAGGCCUGUUCUAUAUAGGGCAGCUUGAAUGCAUGUGGGACAUGCCAUUGCUUCUAAUGACUUAUUGCUUCCCCGUAUGAAUGAGCUCUUGCAUCUGGGGCAGUUUUAGCAGAAGAACGGC